GUUUCUCAUUUUCUCUUCUCCCACUCAAUGUCGUUUAAUAAGAUUAGCAGUAAUAGGAGUAGCGUAUAGUAUUUUUUUAUUUAGUCUAAAAGUUACAUUUAUCUACUUUAAUGUAAAACAAUGGAGGCAAUAGAAUUUAUUGAACAAACACCAGAAGUCUUGCAAAGGAAACUGUAUUUUUUAUUGGAACAACUACAAGAUAUGGCCAGGGAGCUCCCACCAAAGUACCAGAUGCGAGUGCCCAUUGAGCUUCUUUCUGGGCUAGCUAACUGCCUUUUGAACGACACUGUUUUUGAAAUAGUCAAAGGCUUAAUGGAAAUACAACAUGUAACUGAAAAACAUUUGUUCCAGCAAAGGUUGCAAAUAAUAAGCAGACAUACAUUGGAAAUUCAAAAUAUGGUCAAUAGUACUCCAAGUCAAGAAGAAUUAGAAUUGCAGAGGGCAAUCUUGUUAACAAAACACAAAGAAGAAAUUAAACAAACAGAUAUGAAACUUGUUAUCCAGUUGGAUCAAAAAGUGAGCGAUCAACAAGUGACACUGGAAAAAGCUGGAGUGCCAGGGUUUUUUGUCACAAAUAAACCUAUUGAAGUUAAAGUGCAAAUGUAUCUCCUAGAUUUUAUAUUGAGGCUAAGCAAGAUGGACAUUCCUUGACAAUUGUGUUUUUCAAUAUGGAUAAUAUUUUGUAUGGGUACCAUAAAUAGAUGUGACAAAUAUUGAAUUUAGUAACAUAUUAUAUUUUAGUUUAUCGGAUGCUUUGAUGCACUGUGACUCAUGUCAUGUACCU